AUGCUUGCUGCCAGAAACUUCUCCGCUGCUCGUCAGUGUCUGCGAACUGUUCGCGCUACUCCUAGUUUCGUGGCCCCCGUGUCGCAGAUUCGCGGUUAUGCUGCCUCUGCCGAUGAUGCCGUCGCCAAGUUCAAGGGUCAGAAGGGCUCCGAUGGCAAGUACACUGUUACUUUGAUUGAGGGUGACGGUAUUGGUCCUGAGAUCUCUCAGUCUGUUAAGGAUAUUUUCGAGGCUGCGAAGGCCCCUAUCAAGUGGGAGCCUGUCGAUGUUGGCCCCAUCCUGAAGGAUGGCAAGACCGCUAUCCCCGAUGAUGCUAUUCGCAGCGUGGAGAAGAACUACGUCGCCCUUAAGGGUCCUCUCGCUACCCCCGUUGGUAAGGGUCACGUCUCUCUUAACCUGACCCUCCGUCGUACCUUCAACCUACCCCCCUACGAUGGUGUCGACACUGUCCUGAUCCGUGAGAACACGGAGGGUGAAUACUCCGGUAUCGAGCACGUCGUUGUUGAUGGUGUUGUUCAGAGCAUCAAGCUUAUCACCAAGGAGGCCUCCGAGCGUGUCCUGCGUUUCGCCUUCCAGUACGCCGAGUCAAUCAACAAGAAGAAGGUCCGCGUUGUGCACAAGGCCACCAUCAUGAAGAUGUCCGACGGUCUCUUCCUGAACACUGCCCGUGACAUUUCCAAGGACUUCCCCGGUGUCGAGUUCGACGCUGAGCUGCUGGACAACUCUUGCCUGAAGAUCGUCACCGACCCUACUCCCUACAACGACAAGGUUCUUGUCAUGCCCAACCUGUACGGUGACAUUCUCUCCGACAUGUGCGCUGGUCUGAUUGGUGGUCUCGGUCUGACCCCCUCCGGUAACAUUGGUGAUGAGUGCUCUAUCUUCGAGGCCGUUCACGGUUCCGCCCCCGAUAUCGCCGGUAAGGGUCUUGCCAACCCUACUGCUCUGCUUCUGAGCAGUAUUAUGAUGCUGCAGCACAUGGGUCUCCACGACCACGCUGCUCGCAUCCAGAAGGCUACCUUCGACACUCUUGCUGAGGGCAAGGCCCUGACCGGUGACCUUGGUGGUUCUGCUAAGACCCACGAGUACGCCGAGGCUAUCAUGAAGCGCCUGUAA